CCAGAUGGAAUAAAGCUGUCAUUACCUCACUUUUCACAUAUACACACACACACACACACACACACAUACACACACACACGCACACACACACACACACAAACAGAGAUACAUGAGCACCCAGUGAACACCGCUGGAGAGCUAUAUAAGAACUCAUCAGGAGGGUCGAACACCCACUACUUUUCUCUGAAGGAUUGUUGCACUUUCUUUUUUCAGCUACUUUCAGUGUAAAAAGAGAUUUGUACUUCAAAGAUAUAGUCUAAGGGAUAAUUGCAUUGUCUUUCUCAUUUUUGUACUUAGAACAUUCUUCUGAUUCUUUUUUAAUUCAAAUUUAAAAUAAUUGACCUUCAUUAAUGCUGGAAUUUCCAUGCAGCAUGGCAACAUCAGAGGUUUCACAAAUGUUAGUGGGCAACACCACAGCUGUGGACUUAAACAGCAAGACGAUUCACAGUUUCCCACAGAGCAUCAAUGGCUUCAAUGUGACUAUGGCUAUCCUCCACCUAGCUGUAUGUAUCACAGGAUUAGGAGGAAACUCUUUAGUCAUCAUUGCCAUCCUCAAGCUGGAUAAGAUGGCAUCUGCUACAACUGUGUACAUCUUCAACCUGGCUUUGGCAGAUGGACUGUUUAUGGUUGGACUCCCGUUUGUGGCUUUCCAGAACUUCCAGAACCAAUGGAUCUUUGGUGAUUUGGCCUGCAAGCUGGUCAUGGUGCUGGAUGGAAUCAACCAGUUCACCAGUGUGUUCUGCCUCACAGUUAUGAGUGUGGACCGCUACAUGGCACUAGUGGACCCUCUUCGCUUUGCACGCUGGAGAACUCCAAAGCGGGCCAAAAUAAUCUCUGCCUUUCUUUGGCUUUUUUCCUUGAUUCCUGUCCUGCCUAUGGCUCUCCACUUCACAGUGCAGUAUGGUUUAUGUAUGGCUGACACGUUUGUGGGCAAAUGGUGGAUGACUUUUCUCACAUACACUUUUGUACUGGGCUUUGUUCUCCCCUUCCUGGUGAUGAUAAUCUUCUAUACAACUCUGGUGGUGACUCUGAGGAACUUCAGGCAAUAUGACAGGGGUUGUUCCUCCUUAGAGGAGAGCCAGAGAUUAGAGAAGCAGGUUACCAAGAUGGUGGUAGCUGUGGUUGUGGUUUUCGGGAUAUGCUGGCUACCUUUUUAUGUCUUCAACUUCUGCUCAUUGUAUGGUACAAAUGUGACACUCACCUUUGCACGUGGUUUUGAGAUUGCAGUGCUCUUGUCCUAUUCAUGGAGCUGUGCUAACCCCAUCCUGUAUGCUUGCCUAUCAGAGACCUUCAGCAGGUACUUCCGCACUUUACUCUGCCCCUGCCUAAACCAUUCCAGGGUGCACUGCAACAGAGAUACAGAGGCCUAUGACCUGCAUUACACAACUGGGCAGGAUGUAAGUGUGCUAACUUAAUUUCAAAAUAUACAUUUCAGUGGAUUGUAGAAAAUGUAUACAUUGUAAGAUUUUUAUGUUUAACAUCAUUCAAAUGUUCCAUGCUUGAUUUUGAUAUAAGGUAAUCUUUAUCUAUUACGCUAAUUUGUUACUAAUAAGAUUUGCAUUUAAACCCCUUGAAAAUACAAUAUUAUGACAGACUGAUACUUCUGACAAGUGGGGAAUAAAGAAAACUAGCUGGCUUGUUGAAGAACACAAUAACAUCCAGCUGAGACACAAAUGACACAAAUGGAUGUUUGCGUUGUGCCUCUCUCUUUGGGUGGAAUGUCAUGUUGAGGCUUAUGUAAUUCAUUUGCCCUGUUAAUGUGUCCGGAACCUAUAUAUGAGUGAUUCUCAGCCCACUGUGGAUAUAAGGAUGAUGUCACUGUUGCCAUGGCACUCAACUAGGAGUGAACACUACAUGUUGGAAUGUUUGUUACGGCAUAAAUGUUCUUUGACAUGAAUGAAGAAUGUGAGACAUAGGACAUUCAUUUUGAAACUGUUAAUGGAUUAGACAUCAUGGGAAACACUGACAUGGUUCAUUUUGCUAUGCUAUGGUGGAUUACUUCAAGUUUUCUGCACAGGCUAUGACUUCAUGCUGAUCACAGCAAUUCCACGGAGACCAGAUGAAAGGAAGUUGUCCGGGCACACUAAGCCAAAGGGUAUCUCUUACACACACCCUGAAAUGUGGGAGAUGGGUGUGG